UACCGUCAGGAGCGUCUGCACGGUCCACGUUGGCAGUCUGCCUUCCCAUCCCCACACGUUCUUGCUUUGUGCCAUCCUAUUAUCAGUUUUGUCUAUGUAGCCAGUGGCUCGUAGCCGCUUUUGCUAUUUUCGUGGCGGAGUUAUCAAUCCAAAGGAAGAAAAAUCGGAGGGAAAGAGAAAGGCUUUGUCAAUUCGUCUGUCAACCAGCAAGCUCUUCGGAUCAUGGCCUACUACCUACUAUUCUUUCUCACUUUCACCGUUAUAAUUAGCGGCAGUGGUAUGCCUGGACCUUCAAUUCAUAUGUUAGCCAGGUACCGAAUCGAGUCUAAUUUACCAGCAGUACUCUACCUCACUCGUUCUCGAUGGCUGCCUUUAGUCCCAGUGCCUGACUAUAUCUAUCAUCGUCUUCCUUCCACUUUUGCCGGUGAUGCCGAAGCUGGCUUCACAUCUAGUCAGUUCGAUCUUUCUGCAAACAUCGCAGAGAGCGACAGCCGAGCUGGCUUAGACAAUCUGGCCAAACGCCACAUACAGAAAAUCAUGCGUCGGCAGAGAGUCGAUUUCGAUGAAGCUCGUCGCCUAUACAUGGAGCAACGCUUUGCGAAAAACAAUAUUGAUUCUGAUGGUCGGCCAACAGAUCCCAAAUUCGUUUCCUUCUCCUGACCGUGUAUCGAACAAGCUCAAGUCUCUAAGGUUAUUGUCGCCUCUCACAUAUUAAUUUGUCUUUGCUCGCGUGCAGACCAUACAAGCAUACUGGUAGUCCGCGACUCUACAAGGCAUUAUUUGAGAAUCGCUAAAUGCUCCUUGGUCUUGUGU